GCUUUUGCUUACAUUACCUUUAGUGGUCUCAUGAUACUGAACACUUUCCUGGUUUUCACCAACUUUUCAGACUACUUGACAAUUAUUAGCCCCACCGGGAACUAUUCGAACGAUUUGUUAGUCAACGAGUGGAGAAGUUAGAACAGGAGAACUCAAGGAAACAGCAACAAAUUCAAAUCAGGUCAUCAUGUGUACGGGCAAGUGUGCCAAAUGCACCGGAGACCUUCUCUUUCCACUCGGCCUCUUGGCCAUAGUUGGAAACAUCUUGCUGUUUUUUCCCAAUGGUGAGGUGUGGAGGACCGAGGAAAUCACAGAAAAGAUCUGGUUCUUUCCCGGGGUCAUCGGGGGAGGACUGUUGGCGUUUUUGCCUGCUUCAGUGAUGAAGGCUGCAGGGCACGAGGGGAGCUGCUGUGCAAACAGAUGUGGGAUGAUGGUGUCCAUGCUGAUGUCUGUGCUGGGUGCCGCUGGAGCGCUGUACUGCAUGAUUGUCUCUGCCGUCGGCCUGCAGGACGGCCCGCUGUGUGACACGGGAGACGGGAUCUUUAUCUACCCAUUCUUAAACUGGACUACAGAAGAGAGUUACCUGUUUAACCAAACAUCAUGGACAGAGUGCGAGAGACCGCAGAACGUGGUGCUGUGGAACGUGGUCCUGUUUUCAAUUCUGUUGAGCAUCAGUACCCUGGAGGCUGUGCUUUUACUGGCACAGGUAGUCAACGGACUGAUCGGAUGCCUCUGUGGGACGUGCAUGAACAAGAAUCAGCAGACGCAGUUGGCAUGAAAACCAAAGAACACACUCCAGUAUGUGGGAUCUUCACAGUAGUACAGAAGAACAAAAAUCUACAGAUCUACAGAAAAAAAUCAUGUGAAGUCUACUAAGGUUUUGCUAGACUCAGAUGAUUAUUAUCAUUUUCAGUUUUUUUAUGAAUGAUGCCCUUGUCUUUGAUAAAUGAAGCCUUUGACACAGGUAAUUUAUCUAUAGUAGUUUAAGUAUCAAAUAUCAUAAUAAACAAGUCUCAGGAAGAAAAAAGAGACACAUGUUACUAACCAAAUAAUGAUAUCAGUAAAGAUUAAUAACGUAGUCAGUACAUUGUAAUGAUAGAUUAAUAUUUCAACUAAUAGAUUUUUAAAUAAACACCUUUUGUCAGGAUUA